GAAAAUGGCCAUCAUUAAGAAGAACAACCCUAAGUUUUGCUACUUUAUUAGUAAUAAUCUAUUUUGACAAAUGAUAUAGAAUGAAUUAAAGAUGAUUUACGCCGAUCACAAUCAAACACAUUAGACCAUAUUUCCACAUUGAGAGAUUCAGCACAAUUCUAUACAUUUUGUCACUUUAUGAAAGAUUACUCAAUUUAAAGGAAAGUGUUUUUCUUUUUUUGUUUUGUUCGUGUUUUCUCAUCUACUCCAUAAUGUAAUCGAGUGUGCAUACAUUCAUACGAAGCAUAACGUGAGAACUUGACUAGCUUUGUUGCUAGGAAGUAACGCAUUAAUAUUGUAUCAUGUUACGUUGCCAUAGUGACAGCCUUCUCAAAUACACGGUGGGUCCAUAUGUUAGGACUAGAAGUUUUAAAUAAGACAAAAACAAAAAACAAAAAAACAAAAUGGACGAAAUAAGGUUUCAAGGGGCCCCUUUUGGAGCUCGUUCAGCCAGGUUUGAAGUCAAUUCUGCAAACAAGAGAAUGGGAACAGACACUCAGAUGCCCUACUACAAGAGAAUGGUUGGUCCAGGCACAUACAGGAUCCCCAGUUUCACUGAGGAACUAGAAAAGAAACCUGGCAGCUUGAGAGGAAUCUGUGAGACCAGAGAGAAGCGUUUUAAACACUGCCAGAGCUCUACCCCAGGACCAGGUACUUAUGGUAAAGGGGGAAUCCCUUCAGCAGCACUGGAGGAGAAGGAGAGAAUGUCUGUGGGGACCUGUCCUUCCAUGGGCCACGCCGAUCAAAAUCGCUUUCAUACAAACACUGUGGACAGUAGUUUGGGCCCAGGUAUUUACAAUCUGAAAAGCUCUACUGAACUGAUACUGAGUCACAGAGUCAGUAAAAGAGGCCCAUAUGACCUGUCCACUGGUAGCGGAAACAUCUUCACUCACCCUGAAUGCUCUGUCCAGAAAUGGGUGAGUCCAGACCCAGGCACCUACCCCAAAGACUUGCCCAAGUUUGGUGAAGAGCUGCAGAAGCCUGAGAAGAAGAAACAUGGGGUAUUUGGUAGUAGAGAGCAAUACCCUGCCACCCCUACUGAGAGAAUCUACCUAUCCACUUUGUCUCAGUUCCCACGGACUGCGACAUCUCCCGGCCCAGGUUGGUAUAAUAUUAUUCCUAUCACUCCCACAUAUCGAUUGGGAAGUGGCAAACAAGCCCCAUUCCUCUCCACUGCCCCACGGAUGAGCAAGAAGACACAAAUGCUGAUAAAUAAAAACCAUAAUCCAGUUGGGCCUGGUCGCUACAAUAUAGCAGAGUUGAUUCUGAGCAAGAACAAAAACAGUCAUAGAUCAUCAUUUAUGACAGGUACCCAGCGCUACCUACACUGCCCCAAAAGAGACAAGUACAUCCAGGAGAGACUCAGGCCUAGCAAUGUUCCUUUGGACAGAUCACUUCUCAUACAGUCAGGGAAUCACUUCAUAUGAGCAAGCAGUCCAAGGGGUCAGUAUUUGAGCUUUUAAAUGCUCCAGUGAACUAACACCAGAAUAUUGACAUGCUGUGUUGUAUAUGCUGUAAUAAAAUUCCAUUCAUACAGAAAUGCAGCUAGAUUAAAUAAUGACAAUAAUCUGGGUUACUGACAAAGAAACCAUUAACUCAGAGACUGGAGCAAUAAAGAUUGCUAAUGUUCACAUGCCAAAAUCCUGUGAGAACAUACAAAGUACUUUUGUAAUCGCUGUGGAUACAGACAAAAAUAGACAAACACAAAUAUAAGCUGCAAACACGAUGCCAGAGUGUCACAAUGUAAAUGAGGAAUAAAUGUAUGUAUAUGUGAGUGGUGAUAUGGUGGAAACAACAUAUUUAGACACAAGUUUGUGUAUGCGCGUAUUGGAAUAAUUAAAUAAAGACAUACUUAAUUGACAAAA